AUGUUCACAAAGGAUGUGGCUCCAGUGGUACCGGUCCUCUUCCCUCCCCUCCCUCUCCUCCCCACUGCCCUGCUCCUCCCGCUCCCCACACGCCUUUUCUGCUCCUCCCUGUCUCCCCUCCGUCGCUCCCUUGUGAUCUCCCUUUACUCCUCCCUUUACUCCUUCCGUUGCUCCCUCCCUUGCACCCUCCCUUGCACCCUCCCUUGCUCCCUCCCUUGUUCCUUCAUCUCCCCCUUCCUUUGCUCAAUUCGCCGCGUGCGUGCAAGUUCUCCCCUCUCCUCUUACAUGCGUCCCCGGCGCAUCCCCCUCCCGCUCUCUUCACGUCCCGCUCCCACUCUACGGCCGUGCUUCCCCUGCUUUCCCCCUUCCUCCCCCUACCCCCGGUCGUUGCGCGGCGGGCGGCAGAUAAUAAUUUCGCGCGGGUACGAGGAGGACCACACGCUCAGCAACGUCAAGAUGGUUAUCUGCGCGGCGGCGUGCGCCGUGGCGUGCGUGGCGCAGUUCUACCCGCGCAAGUUCCCCGACAACCGCGCGCUGCUGCUCGCCUGCAUCGUCCUAUAUCCGCCCCGCCGCCACCCGCCUCCCUCCCUUCCCGCCCUUCCCUCCCAAUUUCAUGCUCCAGCCAUUCCCCCCUGUUGCCCUUUUCACCAGUCGCCCACCCUUGUCGCCGUCCCUCGCUCGCCCGUUGCCUGUCUCGCGCACCGCUUGCCCACAUUGCUCACUGCUCCCACGCCCGACUCCCCUCCUCCUCUCGCCACACACGCGCUUCCCUCUCCAUGGCCUCUCGGCCUAUACCCUCCCGCGCCACCACCGCUUCGGCCACCACCGCUGCUGCUCACGCGGCCCUUGAUGGAUUCCUGUUGCCUCCCCUCUGUGGUUGCCCCUUAA